ACUCACCAAGCCACACGGGAUUGAUAAAGACCAAGACCGCGCAACCACAUGGUACAGGAGUCCGAGCAGUCCGCCGCCUCUAUGGACUCGUCCUCGGGCUGGGCGGUAGCACCGGCGGUCUCCGCGGCGGCGCCGACCAUGCCGAUCGGUAGCAUACUCACCAUGACAGGCAUCUUUCUGGUGUUCCUGACGUUCGCUGUCGCGCUCAUCUUCCUCCAGUACUACUUCAACACCAGCGUCCGGACCGCCGCGCCUAGAGGGCGGCCACGCGGCGGCCGGGCCUGGGAGGCGGCCGCGGAGGGCGUCGACCCGGAGCUUCUGCGGUCACUGCCGGUCACGGUGUACCGCGCGGCGCCGAAAGGCUCCACGGACGACGUCGGGGUGGAGUGCGCGGUGUGCCUGACCGAGCUCGAAGACGGGGAGGAGGCCAGGUUCUUGCCCCGGUGCGGCCACGGCUUCCACACCGAGUGCGUCGACAUGUGGCUUGCCUCCCCCACCAGCUGCCCGCUCUGCAGGGCCACCGUCGGCAAACCCGACGAGUCGCAGGCGCUUACACCGACGAGUCUCCCUUCCUUGCCGCCGGAGCCGGUGAACUACGCCGGGAACCUGCCGGCGAGUGUACUGCUCGGGGUUUCAGACCAGGCCACGCUCGCCGCGGGGACCGUGACCUCUCACGGAGGCCAGUCAAGCCCCUCCGCCCUUGCCACCACGGCAAUGCUGGUGAUCGACAUUCCGGACUCAAGGACAGUGGCGACCCCACGCGGCGCGUCCAAGUCUCCGGGCUUAGCGAGGCUGAGGUCUUUGAAGAGGCUCUGGAGCUUCGGGAGGCAAGGACCGUCGGGGCCGACUCCCCCCUGCUCCGGCGGCAGCGUUAGCGGAACAGCGGACACAGACCAGGGUAUUAGUAUCACCUGUGCAACUCCAAGAGCUCCCGUGUAGCGUGUAGAGCCGGAAUUACCUAGGACGUGCGGCCACAGUCUGCCUCCCUCCCAAGAGAUCAACUCCGAUGCCUAUGCUCUGUACAUAUAAUGCAGCUGCCCACAUAGACAAUCUAAGAGCAUCUCCAACAGGUGAUGUAUCAUGGGCACACAAAAAGUAGUUUUACAUCAUCAAAAAGUGAAUUUUCCAUCA